AUGCCACGAGAGAUGCCAGAUAGCAGUGAGCGGACUAUGCAAGACCCUCGAGAAUCUGAGCUGCUGUGGUUGCAAACUGAGAACCAGCGGCUAACAAGCGAGAAUGAGGUCUUGCAUCAGAUCAACGACAAGCUCCGACACGUCACCGAGCAACGGCUCUCCAGAGCAUCCGGAGCACCAACCCAUGAACAAAGUCUGCAGCCCAGCAGAGGCAGACACGAAUUGUGUGGUUGGCGCCCAACGUUGAGAAGUCAUGAGGGGACUCACGUCAGCUAUAAGGAACGGAAUAGUGAGCAAGGCCGGAACGACCACGAGCCCAGCACUUCCAGUCAUCGGUGGUCCCAGCGGCAAGAGGAUGCAGCUGGAAACCAGCAAAAUGCGUGGAGUGGUAAUUACACCCACCGCUAUGCUAGAAGCUGGCAGGAGGACCAAGCUGGUUCUAGCAAUUCCUGGUGGGAGGACGAAGUUGACUCGUAA